AUGGCCACUGACAUGUUUGUCCGCUUCCUUCAUGGCCUCUCUCUGGAGUCCAAACCAGAGACUCUUAGGAGGCCUGCUGAGUCAGACAGACAACAGUCCAGAAUCAUCCAGAGAGCCAUCAACAACCUGAAGGAGAUGAACACUCUGGCAUACAUGCUGCAGAUGUCAGAGGAAGUUCUGGAUGAGUUGACCUGGACAACUCUGAAGUCCAACCCCUCCCAUCUGAGAGAGCUGGACCUUAGUGACCUCCUGGAUUCAGGAGUGGAGCGUCUCUCUGCUGGACUACAGAGUCCAAACUGUAGACUGGAGACUCUGAGAUUGGACUGCUGCGGUUUGUCAGAGAUCAACUGUGCAGAUCUGGUCUCAGCUCUGAAGUCCAACCCCUCCCAUCUGAGAGAGCUGAACCUGAGUAAUAACAACCUGCAGGAUUCAGGAGUGAAGCUGCUCUGUGGUUUUCUGGAGAGUCCACACUGUAGACUGGAGACUCUGAGAUUGAAGGACUGCAGUUUAUCAGCGAUCAGCUGUGCUUCUCUGGCCUCAGCUCUGAAGUUCAACCCCUCCCAUCUGAGAGAGCUGGACCUGAGUAACAACAAGCUGCAGGAUUCAGACGUGAAGCUGCUGUGUGAUCUUGUGGAGAGUCCAAACUGUAGACUGGAGACGCUGAGAUGGAAGUGA